UUAUCCUAAAUCUAUACAACUUUACCUUAUUGGACACAAUUUUUCCAACUCAGCUUUCUAUUUUAACAUCCCUUCUUUGCUCAAAAACCCUUCUAUAAUCUAUACUUCUUCCUUCCAUAGAUCAACCCACUACAUCAAUUCAUGGCUACAACAUCAACAACAACCUUCCAAUCAUCCCUAUGCUCACCACAAUCUUCCAUUAAAUGUUUAGCAACCAAACACAUAAUUUCUGAACCAUUCUUACUUAAAUUUGGGUGUACAAGAAAAUCAUACUCACCCUUAAAUUUGCAGCAUUUUAACUUUACAAAUGAAUCAAUUUCUUCCAUUUUGUAUAUUUCCCAUAAGUGGCGAGCACCCAAAGUGACGGCAACCGUGGCCGAGGAGGAAGCCUUAGAGACGGCGGAAGCCGCGGAGGAGAUGGAAGUUUCCGGUGAAAGUCAAGAUAAUGGAGGUGAUCAAAGUGAAGCUAGUACAAAACUUUAUUUUGGGAAUUUGCCUUAUCUUUGUGAUAGUGCACAACUUGCUGGUAUAGUGCAACAGUAUGGCACCCCUGAGUUAGUUGAGGUUCUCUACAACAGAGUAACGGGAAAAAGCAGAGGAUUUGCAUUUGUGACAAUGAGUAGUGUUGAAGAUUGUGAUGCUGUCAUUGAGAAUUUGGAUGGAAGUGAAUAUGGAGGGAGAUUUUUGAGAGUGAAUUAUGCAGAUAAACCAAAGAAAAGAGAGCCCUUAUACCCUGAAACGGAGCACAAGCUAUUUGUAGGAAACUUAUCAUGGUCAGUAACAUCGGACAGCUUGUACAAAGCUUUCCAAGAAUAUGGGAAUGUGGUCGGAGCUCGUGUUUUAUAUGAUGGUGAAACUGGAAAUUCUCGAGGCUAUGGUUUUGUUUCUUAUGCUACAAGAUCAGAAAUGGAGAAUGCCCUUACUUCCCUUAAUGGAAUGGAAUUAGAAGGACGAGCACUGCGAAUAAGCUUGGCGGAGGGGAAGAAAUCGUAAGCGCCUUCAACAUUUGACGUUCAUCAAUUUAGGAAUUUUCGCAUGUUAUGCAAUCUUAAUUUGGUUGCGCAUGGGUUGUUAUUGUAAAAGUCUUCAAUUUAACAUGUUUAUGGUUAACAUACAUGACUAUAAUUUUAUCACUUGAAAGAAUGAUACGUUUUUAUGAUUCGCAUUAAUAAAAAAAUUAUCCGUUUUGAGCCGA